GUAUUCUGGGAACUGAUUUUUUUUUUUUUUUUUCCUUUACCCCUUCCUCCCCGAAUCCGUUUUCAUUGGCUCCCAUGAAAGGCCAGGAUCCAGCGCCCUUCAAUGGACCCUCAGGGCAUCGUGAAGGCCUUUCCCAAGCGGAAGAAAAGUCAUGCAGAUCUAUCUUCAGAAGCACUUGCAAAGAUUCCCAAAAGGGAGGCGGGAGAAGCUAGAGGAUGGCUGAGCUCCCUGAGAGCCCACAUUAUGCCCACUGGCAUUGGACGUGCCCGGGUUGAACUCUUUGAGAAGCAGAUUAUCCACCAUGGCGGCCAGGUGUGCUCUGCCCAGGCCCCAGGAGUCACUCACAUCGUGGUGGACGAAGGCAUGGACUAUGAGCGGGCUCUCCGGCUCCUCAGGUUGCCCCAGCUACCCCCUGGUGCCCAGCUGGUGAAGUCCACCUGGCUGAGCUUGUGCCUGCAGGAGGGAAGGCUGACAGACACGGAAGGAUUCAGCCUUCCCAUCCCCAAGAGGUCCUUGGACAAACCACAGCCCAGCAAGUCAGGCCAAGAUGCUUCUGCUCCUGGCACCCAGGGGGAUUUACCCAGGACCACCUUGUCUCUUUCCCCUCCUCACACCAGAGCUGUGUCUCCUCCCCCAACAGCAGAAAAGCCAUCAAGAACCCAAGCCCAGUUCAGCUCAGAGGAUGAAGCCAGCGAUGGGGAAGGGCCCCAGGUUAGCUCAGCAGAUCUGCAAGCCUUGAUCACUGGGCACUACCCCACUCCCCCUGAGGAAGAUGGUGGGCCUGACCCAGCGCCAGAAGCUCUGGAUAAGUGGGUCUGUGCACAGCCCUCGAGCCAGAAGGCAACUAACUACAAUCUGCACAUCACAGAGAAGCUGGAAGUGCUGGCUAAAGCCUACAGUGUCCAGGGAGACAAGUGGAGGGCCCUGGGCUAUGCAAAGGCUAUCAAUGCUCUCAAGAGCUUCCCCAAGCCUGUCGGCUCCUACCAGGAGGCCUGUAGCAUCCCGGGAAUUGGCAAGCGGAUGGCGGAGAAGGUCGUGGAGAUCCUGGAAAGUGGGCAUCUGCGGAAGCUAGACCACAUCAGUGACAGUGUGCCUGUCUUGGAGCUCUUCUCCAACAUCUGGGGAGCUGGGACGAAGACUGCCCAGAUGUGGUACCAUCAGGGCUUCCGAAACCUAGAAGACCUCCAAAGCCUGGGCUCCCUGACCGCUCAGCAGGCCAUUGGCUUGAAGCACUAUGAUGACUUCCUGGACCGCAUGCCCAGGGAGGAGGCUGCGGAAAUUGAGCAGACGGUCCGGUUAUCAGCCCAGGCCUUCAACCCUGGGCUGCUAUGUGUGGCCUGUGGCUCUUACCGACGGGGGAAGAUGACAUGCGGGGAUGUGGACGUACUCAUUACUCACCCCGAUGGCCGAUCCCACCAGGGCAUCUUCAGCCGCCUCCUUGACAGCCUUCGCCAGCAAGGGUUCCUCACAGAUGACUUGGUGAGCCAGGAGGAGAAUGGCCAACAGCAGAAAUACCUGGGUGUGUGCCGGCUCCCGGGGCCCGGGCAGCGCCACCGGCGACUCGACAUCAUCGUGGUACCCUACUGUGAGUUUGCCUGUGCCCUGCUCUACUUCACCGGCUCUGCCCACUUCAACCGGUCCAUGAGAGCUCUGGCCAAGACCAAGGGCAUGAGCCUGUCGGAGCAUGCGCUCAGUGCAGCUGUGGUCCGGAACAGCCAAGGUGUCAAGGUGGGGCCUGGACAAGUGCUGCCCACCCCCACGGAGAAGGACGUCUUCAAGCACUUAGGCCUGCCCUACCGGGAGCCGGCUGAACGGGACUGGUGACCUAGGACUUGGGCAAGGGGAACCAUGUUGAAUGAACUGCCUCAUAUAGCCAUCUCCCACCCUCUUAGCUGUGCCUUGCUUUGUCAGUUAUGCUUGCCCUGAGUGACCAAGCUAGAAGCUUUGGGCCUGCAGGGAAGAGCCAGUCUGAUUCUGAGAGCCCGCAAGCUCUCUCUCCUGGACAGGAUUUAUGCUGCUGUCCUCUCUCCUCCCAGUGACAGGUUUUCACACGGCCCCUUCCCUGUUCAAGCAGAACAGGUGGCUGGUUUCAAGGCGGUUUCCUGCACUGAAGGCCCAAGCUUCCCUUUCCACCCCAAGACUGAUGUAGCUGUGUGGGGUCAGCAGGGGCUGCAGGAGAGGGAAGCAGCUGUGGGUUCAGCGUCUUCCGUGAGCCUUCACAGUAGAGAAAGCCAUGUGGAUUCUCUCACCCGCUCACUUCCUGUGCAGCUGGAGCUGCUGGGGGUGGCCUGUCCAGACUCUGAGGGUGGCUUCUAAGGGCCCUGGGGCCUAAUAAAGUGCUUCUGACAUUCAA